CUGGAGAGUCGAUGCUACCAAGGAAACACACAUGCAUCCAGGCAUCCAGCGGACACAGAUUUCUGGAUUUCGGCGGCAGCCCUGGUGCAUGUGAUCCUCAUUAGUUGAUGCUAACCCAACGCGUCCCCACAGUAUUGGGAGGCAUAGAUAUGUAAACUCAACUCAAAAAACACUCGGCCGCAAAAGAGAAGAUAGGAGGAGGCGUCUACGUCUGCGAAUACAGGUCCAGUGAGGUGUGAGGUGAUCGUGAUUUCCCAUCAUGCCUCUGGUCAAGCGGUGUAUCGAGCCCAGGCACCUGUGCCGAGGGGCCGUGCCCGACGGUGUCACCAGUGAGCUGGAGUGUGUCACCAACAGCACACUGGCCGCCAUCAUUAAACAGCUCGGCAGCCUCAGUCGCCAUGCAGAGGACAUCUUUGGGGAGCUGUUCAACGAGGCCAACAGCUUCUACAUGCGCAUGAACAGCCUGCAGGAGAGAGUGGACCUGCUCGCCGUCAAGGUUACUCAGCUGGACUCCACCGUGGAGGAGGUCUCCCUGCAGGACAUCAACAUGAGGAAGGCCUUCAAGAGCUGCACCACGCAGGACCAGCAGGUGGUGUCCAGGAACUCCAUCCCGAACCCAGUGAUGGAGAUAUACCACCACGUGGACAAGCCUCCGCCACUCAAUAUACUGAGUCCAUACAGGGAUGAUAAGAAGGAUGCGCUGAAGUUCUACACAGACCCCUCCUACUUCUUUAUCCUGUGGAAGGAGAAGAUGCUGCAGGCCACCGAGGACAAGAGGAAGGAGAAGAGGAGGCAGAAGACUGGAUGCCCCGCCCACCCAGACCAGGUUCGGCCUCAGUCCCGGCAGGCCACACCCAGAAGUCCCAUGUUUGGCUCCGAGCAGCAGAAGCAGGUGGAGGACCCGAGUCGCGAGGUGAAGAAGGUGCGUAAGGCGCGGAACCGUCGCCAGGAGUGGAACGUCAUGGCCUACGACAAAGAGUUCCGCCCCGACGCGCGCUUUACACCUUCGCCGUACCACGGCAUGUCCUCGGAGGGAUCCCUGUCUCCUGACAACAGGUCAGUAGCAUCAGACCUUGGGGAGCACUCCUACCCAGCGAGCCCCAGCCACCCGUCCCAGCAGGCGGGGGCUGCGGCUCCAUCCUCGGCCUACUCCGCCAUGGAGGGCAAGGAGCUCCUGAUGGCGCCCAACCAGACCCAGUCCCUGGACCGGCCCUACCGAGUCCCUGGCUCCGCGGCCGCCUCUGCUGCCGCCCCGCCCGGACACAAGACCCUGGGCCGAGUGCAGCCCCCGCACGGACCUCCCGCCGUAGACCCAACACUCAAUGGGCCACGCCAACAAGUGGGCAAGGACUACAGCGGUCCUCCGUCUCAGCACCCGGAGUACUACGUGCCGCCCGCACCACCACCGCCCCCUCCCCUCAUCCCGUCAGCGCAGACGGCAUUCGACAGCCCGGCGGUGCCCCCUGCGCCACUGCCGCCCGGCGCGCUGGCCGCCAUGUCCCGCUCCUACAGCCCCUCGCCCCCCACCCCCGCCCUGCCGGCCUCCUACACACCGUCCCCCUCCCACCCCCCCUCUGGGGCACCCCCGGCCGCGCCGCCGCCCCCUCCCCCUUCCUCCGGCGGACCACCGGGCCACGGUCACCCCCACGCCGCGUCGGCCCCCGCCGAAGCCCCCAUGGCGCCCAGGAAGGGGCCCAUGCCCUUCAUCCCCAUGAGCGACGCCCGCAGCGACCUGCUGGCCGCCAUCCGAAGAGGUAUCCAGCUGCGUAAGGUGCAGGAGCAACGUGAGCAAGAGGCCAAGAAGGAGCCAGUGGGCAACGACGUGGCCACCAUCCUGUCCCGCCGCAUCGCUGUGGAGUACAGCGAGUCCGACGACGACUCCGAGCUGGACGAGAACGAAUGGUCCGACUGAGAGGAGCGGGAGAAGGCUGAGAGAGAGGAAAGGCUGAAUGAUUGAGGAGGAAGAGAACGAGGAGGAGGAGGAGGAGGAGGAGAAGGAUGAUGUGGGAAGAGGAUUGUGGAUAUGAUCCAGGAAGUGUGCUGGCAAAAGCAGCAGGAAGUUUAUGGAACUGCCGUGAAAGGUCGUUGUGAAGGUCAAGGUCACGUAGCGCAACGCUGUGUGUGUGUGUGUGUGUCACGUGUGUGUGUCUUCAUAUGUCACCAAUCUCCCCAUCAAUGAUCUCACUCCUCUUGUAAACCGAUUACAAGACGAGGUUUAUAGGGAGGUCUCAAUCACAGUCACACACAAAGACUCAGAUAUUGUUACACACACGUGUACAUAUAAUUUCACAUAGCUGGACGAGGGGCCUCUCUGACAACCCACAAUAACUGGUGGUCAGGAGAGGGCAUCUGUUAUAGGUGGUUGUUUUGCAUCUCUCUGUUUGACACCAGGGGAAGGAUCAUCACAUACAGCUGUAGAAUUGCCUGUCGUUCAAAACACUUAAAUUUAAAUUAAAGUCUUAAUCCGUAUAGAGUAUCGGUAGGCUUUUGUAAGCUCUCAUGUGUACAUGUCAUACACACACACACACACACACACACACACACACACACACACACA